AGGCAAACAAGAGCCUCACCUCCCUGCAGGACAAGCUUCUGCAACAGCAACACAGCUUGACCGGUGCAAGCGAGGCCUUCGACACGGCGGUGAAGAGUGCCACAGAGGCAGCGCAAAGCGCCACCAGUGCUGGGGAGAGCUUUGGCCAGGCGCUGUCAGAGGCUUCCAAGCAACUGGACCUGGUGGAUCAGCGAGGGGUGGCAGCAGGUGAUGGUGCUGCAGAUGCUGCACCUGACAGGCUUCGAAAGGCAUUGAAAGCCCUGGACAAGCUGAAAAAUGCCAUGGACAACAACAACUUCCGGGAGAAUGAGUGUCAGACCUCCGAAGAGAACUUGUUGAAGCUGGAGCCAGGACGGGAGCGAGACAGGCAUCGCCUGGAGCAACUGGUGACCAAGGCGCAGCAACGUGCUGAAGCUUCUCGGGAAGCCGUCCUUCAGGCGGUGCAGAAUUUUGUUGAGGCUGGCAUGGGGUUUGCCGAGUCUUUACAGAAGACACAAAAGCGCCCAGUAAAGAUGGAGCAGGUGAAGGCAGUUCAAAGUAGUGUGAAGGGCGCUUUCCGACAGCUUCCCAAAGCAUGGCAAGCCGUGAAAGGGAGCCAGGAGGCUCAGUGCAAAGCUGGGAUCCAACGCCGGAAGGCAUCGAGCCGUCUGGCUGCGGUGACGCUGUCAAAAACUGAAGCUGAAAGUCAAGUUGAAGCGCAACUGAAAGAGCAUCAACAAGCAGAGGCUGACGAAUCGCAUGUGCGUGAAGAGCGCUGUGCUCGUGAGUCCGAGCUCGCGGCAGCAGAAGAAAUGCGGCAGAUCGUUGAUGCCGAGGAGGCAGAAGCCAAGAAGCGGCGCGAGGAGCUGAAGGCCUCGCAGUCCGCCUUGAAGGAAGCGCUCAAGGCCCACGAGUAUGUGCCGGAGUUCAACAACAAGGCAUCGGAGUACAAGGAGUACAAGAAGUACAAGAAGCGCGCCAGCGACUCCGUCUACUACGAGGACGAUGACUGGCACUACACCAACGACUUUGACGAGGACGUCUUCUAUGACGAGGAGUUGGACGAGCACUAUGUGGUCGACGGCAACGACGAGGGAGCAUACUAUGAGGAUGAUGAAGAGGGUGAGUCAGCAGUCUAUGCAGCUGACGAUGCGGCGGCUGAAUAUGACGAGGUGUUUGCAGCCUACGUUGAUGCAAGGGCGAAAAUGAACCAAAUGCGGCUGAGCAGGGGAUUCUACCCCGUUGUGGCCAUGGUGAACCAUCAACACCACAGUGCCAAAAGUUCCAAAGGGAAGAAGCCAAAGGGUUCAAAAGGCAAGGGCAAGAACCAGUCCAAGCAAGCACCACGUUCACCGCCCAACCCAAGAGCUCGAGGUAAAGCUGCUCUUGGUGCUGUGAAGUGUCUGCGUUGUGGCACUGCUGGUCACUACGCGCGGAAUUGUCCUCAGCAAUCUUCAGCCAAGAAACGCAAGGCUGAUGGACCGGCUGAUACAGCCGAUGCUCUGAUGGUGGCUGACUCUGACGAGAUCGAGCCCAUCAACAUGUAUGAGGACGAUGGUGAAGAAAGUGAAGCUGACGACACAGCCAUUUGGGACUGUGGAGCGGCCUCAGUUUUGGUUUCAAAGAUGCACUUGAAGAAGUACCUCAAGGCGCUGCUGAUGCUGGGCUAUGACAUCCACAGCAUCAAGGCCUGGACCUGCACAAAGGGAUUCAGGUUUGGCAAUGGGAACAAGGACCGAAAAAGCCUAUGUGUCCUGCUGCCCACAUGGUUUCAAGGGUUGCGACGUGACAUCUUGGUCUACGUCAUCAACGGCAAGGUCCCAUUUCUUCUUGGACGACCUCUUAUGGAGCAACUUCAGGUGGCGAUCAACUACGCCGACAAGGAGAUCAAAUGGGGAUCUGGUGAUUGGCAACCUGCGCCCAUGGGCCCAAAGGGUGAGUACAUCCUUCACUUGGCUGAGAGCGCAAUUGCACUCUUGGAAGAGCCUGUCAAGCAGACCCUGGUGCCCGAGGACUUCUACGACCACGUGCAGACCGAGCGUGAGUUCUACAUCAUGGACAUGAUCCAGGAGCCCGACGUUCAGGACUAUGACAACGUGGAUGUGGCUUUGGCAACAUCUUCAACAAGGGAUCAGACUUCACCGUCUGACUGCACUGCCGAUAACACCAGCUAUGACGACCUGAAGAAGGAGGAUGUGCCGCCAAUUCUGGUAAACUCUGAAGGAGUCCCAGCAAUCCCGUUUCACGACGGUGGCAUUUCUCCGAUGGUUCCCCACAAGGUGGACAAGGUCAGAAAGCGGAUUGGCAACAACUAUGUCAUGGACAAGUUCACCAACAUGGAGCCUACGUUGGACGACAAGGUGAAGGAGAUCGACCUGGAGACGACAAGUCCUGAAUGCGAGAAGGGUGACAUUGAGAUGGAGCCUAAUUCACCGAGAUCACCAACCUCUGACAGCCAGGCCCCUAAGAAGGUGAAGUUGUCUGAUGGAGCCUGCAACCUCAAGAGGCUGACUGGCAACAAACUUCGGAUGAUGAUGGGCCAGGCAGAAAAGAGCGUCAAGGAGAACGAGAAGAUCUUUGCAGCCACUGCCACAGACAAUCGUCCUGGCAGAAAAUUACGAAUCUGGGAAGUUUUCGCUGGAAAGGGUAGAUUGACCCAGAUCCUCAAUGACAAGUACCCCAGCGUCAAGGCUGAAAGAUUCUCUCUUGAAGAAGGUUGGGAUUUCACAGAUGCGAAACAUCGCAAAGCCUUCAUCAACAAGCUGAUGAUGGAGGAGCUCUCCAUUGCAAAGAGCGACAACUACAAGGAGGAGCUGGACUAUCAACGGCAAGUUGACCACGACACCGUGCUGACUUUCGUGGCCAUUGUCUAUGAGAUCCAGAGACGUGCUGGACGUGAUGCAACAGUUGAGCAUCCAUGGUGGUCACGAGCAUGGAGCACGAGGGCAUUUGAGUCAAUGAUUGGUUUCGAUGCCUACGUGGAUCAGUGCUGCUACAAGCUGAUGCUGCCCGACACGGAUGGUGUGAUGAAACGGGGCGAUGAGCACAACUCUCCUGAAGUUCAUGUGCCUGAACCUGUGCAGAAGAACCGUGAGCUGAGACGUCAAGUCGGUUCAAGGCCGUUUGAGUACGUCCAGCGACUGCACAAGAACCUUGGGCAUGUGAGCAAUGAAACCCUAUGCCGGAUGCUGGAUGAAGUUCAAGCAACUGCCGAUGUGAUGACGGCAGCAAAGCACUAUGUCUGCCCGACGUGCUAUGCGAGAAAGAAGCCUUCUCAGGCACCACCCAGCUCUGGUGUCAAGACAACGGAGUUCAAUGAAAGAAUCCAAGUUGACAGUCAUUGGAUUCAAUGUGAACAAUCUGCAGUUGCCCAAAAGGAGCCAGCCCCAGGCACACCUGCUGCAAAGCGCAAACAGCGUGAGAUAAGUGGACGUCAGUGUGUGCUGACAAUAGUGGAUCAUGCCACUCGCUUCUGUGCAGUCAGAAUCUUGAGGAGCGAGACGGCAGAGGAGUUCACAAAAGGGAUUGAAAGGAUGUGGUUCAAGCACUUUGGAGUUCCAAAGCACCUUCGAAUUGACGAAGCCAAAGGAUGGGCCUCCAAGCAUGUGAGAGAGUGGGCAAGCAGCCGAGCUAUCAACUUGGAAGUCCAACCAGCUGAACAACAUACCUGGCUUGGAGUGGUGGAACGAAAACACCAAGUUGUUCGACGUGCCCUGGAGCUAUACCAAGAUGAUCUUGGCCGACACGACUUGAGUGCCUUGAAGGAGGCGGCGAUUUACGUGCCGCAUGCCAUCAACCAGACGGCCAUGGUCAGAGGGUUCACUCCACAACAAUGGGUUCUUGGAAAAUCCAUGACACAUGUGCACGGCCUCACCUCUGAGAUCUUCAAUCCUGGACAAGAACCUCUGGACGAUGCAGGAGCUUUCGCACUUAUACAAAAGCGACGGCAAGGUGCUCAAAUCGCCUGGAUCAAGGCGGACUCUGACGCCAAAUUGCGUCGUGCCUUCAACCAGAAGUUCCAAGAGAGCAAUGAUCAACUGGUGGUUGGACAGCGAUGUUGGUUUUGGAGAAUCGCUGGAAGUGGCAUUCUGCAGAAGGCCAAAUGGCGAGGUCCAGCCCGAGUGGUGGCAAUUGAAGACCAUGAAGGAACCCGAGUCCUAUGGCUAUGUCAUGGCACAAGCCUACUUCGUUGCGGAGAACGACAAGUGCGGCCUUUGGUGGAAGAGACUGGCUACCUGCAGGUUGCUGACCCCAAGGCGGCGCUCAAGGACUUGGAGAUGCUCAAGGCCAGAUCAACGACACAAUACAAGGAUGAGCUACAGGCCGACAUUGAGCCUACCUUGGAGGACAACAUGGCUGAAGCUCCCUUCCCUGAUGAGAGCGACUGUGAGCCGAGUCUUGCCAACACUGAAGACUUGGUGGAGCGCGACAAUCUUCCUGGAGUUGUCAGCAUGGUGCUGCCCAUUCCACUUCGGAAUGAUGCUGCUGAACAAGAUCGAGAACGAACACCUCGACGCACUCAUGCUGAAGGUCAUGGAAGAAUGGCUUCAAUGGCAACAACAGUUGAGCCGGAAGAAGAUCCAGCACCACCUCCAAAACGAAAGACUUCAACUGCUGACUUGCAAGAGGAGAAGAAAGUCCCCAGGACUAUGCCAUCAAGUUCUGAUGCUGCUGCGUCUUCCCAUGGCGCAGAUGUCCAGACUCAACAAUCACAAGCUGCUGCAGUACCCAUUCCCGAAGAAGGAGAGGAUUCUCUCAGCGUGGAAGUGAAUGUUGAGAAAGUGGUUGGCAAGUUGCCUGGUGGAUGGAGAUGCAUUGAAGGUGGCUUUGAACUGGACGAUGCCUUCUACACGGCAUACCGAAAAGGUGAAGUCAACCCAAGGAAACUCAACCUUGAGGACCAAGAGAAGUUCAUAGAUGGCAAGAAAGCAGAGCUGUCACAAUACUUCAGCAACCUGGUCUGGGAGUUUGCGACGACUGAAGAAGGUCUACGUGCUGAGCGUCGUGGACGAGCCAUCACUGCCCGAUGGGUGCUCACCUGGAAGAAGAUCGACCAGGAUGAUGGCAGUGUUCGCUGGAAGGCGAAAGCUCGCCUGGUGCUCAGAGGCUUUGAGGACCCAGACGUCUUGACCCUGGACAAG